CCUUCCCUCUCUCUCUUCCAAACACACACACUCCUACUAACACAAUAGUUAACUUUGUUCUUUUGUUUGGCCUCGAGAACACCUCGUGUCCCAGCGUCUCCUAUUUUUAUUUGGUUAAAGAAAAUCAUGUUUUUUUCAGUGUUUUCGCAUUGCUGUUAUUUUCUUGCUUUGAGAGUGUGAAAUGCGAUGAAAGGGAGGGGCUGUAUCUGAACUGGGAGAGAUUGAAUGCAGCACUUCGAAAAGGGGUGCUUCGAAUUUGCGCAUUGAUCUUUCGUAUUUGCAAUUCGUCGUUUUGCAUGUUCAAAUCUCUGCAUAAAUGAUCCCAAGAUUGCAUUUUGAGGCGCCGCGGGGAGUUUUCGUCACCUGGGCUUGAGAUUUCUCUCUUUUGAUUCUUGAAAUUUUUUCAAUAGAAAUGCAAUCUUUGUAAUUUAAUUAAUGGAAUUUUGUUAAAGCAAGUUUGAACGGUUUCUUUUUCUAAUCCUUUGUCGUAUACUGUUAGUUUGGUAUCUUUGGAUUAGGGAGGGAGGGCGCCCCGGUUUUAAGCCCACAAAUACAGAGUGGAAAAAUUUCAAGGAAAAGAGAAUCUUUCGGAUGAGGGCAAAGUGAUAAAAGUGGGAUUUUGGUAGUCUGGAGGCUCAUUCUGCAGUUUUGGCAUUUAAAUUCUAGGGUUUGGAGGGAGGAAAAAAAAAUGGGGCUAGUUCCUAAAGCUAUGAAUAAGGUUGAUAUGGAUGUGGGAAACUCGAAGGCCAGGAUGGGAAAAAUUGUUAAUGGUGAUGGCGACGAUGAUGCUUCGGUAGGUAGCUGUUGGUUUAAAUUUCGAUUUUUUGGGCGCUGUUUGUCUGCAAGGACCAAAGUUGAUAGCUCUGUUAGUGGUUCUGGCUCUGGCUCUAGCUUACAGUAUGCGGAAAGUAAAUCUACAAAUGAGACAAGUAGAGACCAACCAGUUGUUCCGGUAGUAUCAUCUUCAGCAACAAGCAAUGCUGAAAGUGUUCCAUCAACUCCCAAAAUUGAAGAGGAACUGAAAAUAUCUUCUCAGCUACGAAAGUUCACUUACAAUGAGCUUAAGCUGGCCACAAGGAGUUUCAGGCCCGACAGUCUCCUUGGGGAGGGUGGCUUUGGCUGCGUUUUCAAAGGUUGGGUCAAUGAGAAUGGAAACACUCCCGUUAAGCCCGGUACAGGGCUUACUGUGGCUGUCAAAACUCUUAAUCAUGAUGGACUUCAAGGCCAUAAAGAGUGGCUAGCUGAAAUAAAUUAUCUUGGUGAGCUCAUCCAUCCGAAUUUGGUUACAUUGAUCGGCUAUUGCAUAGAGGAUGACCAAAGGCUCCUCGUCUAUGAAUUCAUGGCAAGGGGCAGCUUGGAAAAUCACUUAUUCAAGAGAUCCUUGCCUCUUCCUUGGGCUAUAAGAAUGAAAAUAGCACUAAAUGCAGCAAAGGGCCUUGCUUUUCUUCAUGAAGAAGCAGAGAAACCUGUUAUAUAUAGAGAUUUCAAAACUUCAAACAUUCUGCUAGAUGUGGAGUACAAUGCAAAGCUUUCCGAUUUUGGACUUGCCAAAGACGGGCCUGAGGGAGACAAGACGCACGUGUCAACCCGUGUGAUGGGAACAUAUGGCUAUGCUGCACCGGAGUAUGUCAUGACAGGGCAUCUCACUGCAAAGAGCGAUGUGUAUAGCUUCGGAGUGGUCUUGCUGGAGCUGUUGACGGGGCGGAGAUCCAUGGACAAGAGCAGACCUCCCGGGGAGCACAACUUGGUGGAAUGGUCGAGGCCUUACCUCGACGAGAGGAGGCGGUUCUACAGGCUGAUUGAUCCUCGUCUGGAGGGGCGCUUCUCUGUCAAAGGCGCUCAGAAAACUGUGCAGCUGGCUGCUCGCUGCCUCAGCCGGGAUGCCAAGAUUAGACCCGCGAUGAGCGAGAUAGUUUUAGCUCUGGAGCCGCUGCCAGCUCUCAAGGACAUGGCGUGCUCCUCGUCCUAUUUUCAGGCGAUGAACAAUGCCCGUGGUUCUGCGACCAUGAAUGCAAGAACCGGAGGUAGAUUGCAGACGAGAAACGGGCAGCAGCCAACAAGGAGCCCCUCCAUGCCUAACAGGUAUUACGGCUCGCCAUAUCAAGAAAUCACGCCUCUGCGAUCUCCGUUAGCUAACAAGCCCUGAUCGGAGUUUUCUCGUUGCGUUGCUGUUCAUUCUUCUCCAAGAUCAUCAUCUCCUCCUGGUUGAGAGAUUGCUUUUUAUUUUAUUACCAUGUAGAGAUGAGACAUUCGUUGAUAUGGAGGCUCUUUUUUCACCUUGCUCAUAACUGUUGAGAUGUUUAGAUGAGUAAGUUAAAAACAUAGAGAGAUGUUUGUGCAGUUACUGUGUUUGAACAUGAAGAAGAAUGGCAUUUUGGCCAAACUCAUUUUCUAUUUUGAACCAUCAUCAAAAUUGAGUAUUUAUUUCA